GAUGUCGGUAACUUCACGCAGGAAUUUGGAUUCAUUUAUUUAUUUAAUAUAAUUUAAUAUAUUAUAAGAAUGAGUUACAUACAAUUUGAAAGUGCACGAGAAAAAGAGAAAGCUCGAGUAGAGCUGCGAGAGGCUCGGGAACAAAUGCUGGAACAAGCCAAAAAACGUGCAGAGCAAAGAGCAGAUCGGGAUGCAAGUAGGCAAUUGAAAGGGGAAACCAAUUGGAUGCUUCCAUCCUUGGAAGAAAAACUGACCCACAGGGAUAAGAAAAAAAAGAAGCAUACAAAAAAGAAAAAGAGCCAGAAAAAGUCGAGCAAGAAAAAGAAAACUAAAAAGAAACAUAAGCAUCAAUCGUCUUCGGAAGAUGAUUCCAGUGAUAGCGAGGAAUCAUCGUCAAGUGGCAGUAGCAGCACUACAUCACAGUCGUCAUCACCGGGUGAAGAACGUAAGCCACAUAAGAAAUCCAAAGACAAAAAGAGGAAAAACAAACAUAAAGCUAAACAUAAAAAGGCCAGUGAUAGUGAAAGCGAUGGAGAAGAUGAGGAGAAGUGGGUUGAAGCAGCAAAGCCUCAUGUAGCUUUGCAACGGGAUAGCUGGAUGACGGAGACUUUGCAGCUGAAAACAUUUUCACGAGAAAAGACAAAUAGCCAACCUAAAGAAAAACAACAGAUUGAUACAUAUGAUCCGGCAAAGAGUAGUAGAGAAUUGAACCCUUAUUGGAAAAGCACCGGCACCGGUUUACCUGCUUUUAAGAAACCAGUAGAGGAUGACGAUGAUGAUGAUCAAAGAUCAUCGUACAAAUACAAAUCUGUACCAACUCAAAGCACAACAUCGAAAGGAUGGCAAAAACAAAGUUCUAGUAGUCAAAAGCCUACUAAAGAAGAAAACCCCUCAUCUAGGAAAAGAUCUAUUUCAAGAAGUUCAAGUUCAUCAGAACAAGAUGAAAGCCAGGACAAUAUUAUUGAAAAAGCGACGGUAUCUACUUCAGAUUAUCUGACAGACCAGCAAAUGAAUGAGUUGGGGGCAAAAAUUUUAAAAGCCGAAAUCAUGGGUAAUAUGUCUGCUGCAGAAGAACUUAAAACGAAGCUCGAAAACGCUCGAAUACAAAGAACUGCAUUCAAAGAGCGCAAAAAGUUGGAAAUAACAAAAGACAAAAAAGAAAGGCAAGAAACACAAAAACACAAAACAAGAGAGGAACAUGUUAUCCUCACGCGUACUGAUAAAACUGGUCAUAGUCGUCCAUUGCCAUCCUCAAAUACAGUUGAUCCCAGAGAUCUGUAUGGCAGUAGUAAGAAAAAGGUAAAACGUGUUAAAACCCACGACAACGAUGGACAACGGGUGCGUUACUUUGCUGAUGAUGAUCGUUAUGACAUCAAACAAAUGUUUGAACGCGAGAAAUACACCACGGCCUCAGAAGCAAACUUACAGUUCGCCGAUCUCGCUGCCAAGAAUAAAAACCCCAAUGACGACCUAGAGGAUAUUUUUGCGGAUAAAAUAUGUAAAGAUGAUUCUUCCCGUGAGGCACGCAAGGAGCGUGAUCGCGCUAUUAGGGAACAUCAAAGAAUGGAAGCAGUUUUAGAUAAUUGCGAAAAAUGUUUUGAUUCGAGUAAAAUGCAAAAGGAACUACUUGUGUCUGUGGGACAAAAAGUAUAUCUCGCAUUACCUUGGUACCAGGGGCUUCAAUCUGGUCAUUGUAUAAUUACUCCUACACAACACUCUUCGUGUUGUACACAACUGGAUGAAGAUACUUGGACAGAAAUAAGCGAUUUUCGCAAAGCUCUUACCAGAAUGUUCGCCGCCCAGAAAAAGGAUGUUAUAUUUUUUGAAAUAGCAAACAAGCUACACAGACGCCCACAUUUGGAAAUUCACUGCAUACCAAUAAAGGAAGCCGAAGGGGAAAUGGCUCCGUUUUAUUUUAAAAAAGCCAUAGAAGAGUCCGAGCACGAAUGGAGUGUAAACAAGCAAUUAGUCUCGCUGCGCAACAAGUCAUUGCGAAGUUGUAUACCAAAGGGAUUGCCUUACUUUUGGGUUCAUUUUGGCAUGGACACCGGUUUUGCCCAUGUUAUCGAAGAUGAAGAAAGAUUUCCACGAAAUUUUGCACAAGAAAUUAUUGGGGGUAUGCUGCAUUUGGAUCCCAAUAAAUGGCGUCGCUUGCAAAAGGAACAGAAUAUAAUAACAAAAGUAAAAAUGUUUGCCGAUUGGUGGAAAAAAUAUGAUUGUACAAACUAAUUGUAUUAAAGUAUACAAUAAAUUUAUCGCAAAUGUAUCAUUUCA